AUGGUUUCUUCAUUGAUUUCUCAGGUAUUUGUCCAGGGUGCCACCAUGACUGCUUGCAACACCACACAGGGUCAUCCUUCUUUCUUCAUUCUCCAAGGCAUUCCUGGUAUGGAAGACAUACACUUAUGGUUGUCUAUCCCCUUCUCUUCCAUGUACUUCAUCACUGUUCUGGGGAACUGCACCAUCCUCUUCACCAUCUCCACAGAGCGUGCCCUGCACAAGCCUAUGUUUCUGCUCCUCUAUAUGUUAGCCCUCACAGAUCUGGGCAUGUCCACAACCACCAUUCCCAAGGCCCUCUGCAUCUUCUGGUUUAGCCAAAGUGAGAUCAGCUUUGAAGGCUGCCUGGUCCAGCUGUUCUUCAUUCACUCCAUCUCUGUCAUGCAGUCUGCCAUUCUGAUGAGCAUGGCCUUUGACCGCUAUGUGGCCAUCUGUGAACCCCUGCGCUAUGCCACCAUCCUGUCCAAUAGUCGCAUAGCGCUUAUAGGUCUGGUCAGUUUAGUAAGAGCCAUCCUGUUCAUCCUUCCAAUGCCUGUCCUCCUCCAGCAGAUGCCCUUUCGUGCCAAUAAUGUCAUCCCCACCACCUAUUGUGAGCACAUGGCUGUGGUGAAGAUGGUGUGUGUGGACACCACGAUCAACAGGAUAUAUGGUCUUGUGGUGGCCUUGUUUGUUGUUGGACUAGACAUCUCAGCUAUUGCUUCAUCUUAUGUGCUAAUCAUCAGAGCUGUAAUGCGUCUCUCUUCUAAGGAAGCCCACCACAAAGCAGUGAACACCUGCACCACCCAUAUUUGUGUUAUGCUUGUCUCCUACACACCCUCUCUUUUCUCCUUUCUUACUCAUCGCUUUGGCAGGGGAAUUCCACCUCAUGUCCAUGUCAUUCUUGGUAACCUUUACUUCCUGAUACCACCAAUGCUCAAUCCUAUUAUUUAUGGAGUAAAAACCAAGGAGUUUCGAGAAAAGCUAUCUAAAUAUGGGUGCUGGAGAAAGGAUCCCAUGACCAUUUCCCAUGGUCAGAAAGGAGUUUGA